AUGUCUAUCUACUGUUUGUAUCUACAGUCAAGUAUAAUACCAGGACCAAUUUUGUUCAUUGGUGGUAUCGGUGUUGUUGUGGCUGGUGGAUACUACAUGUUAGAUGCAAGAUCAGCAUUCCACGAAUAUGUCUUGUGUCCCUUGAUUAGAACAUUCACUGAUGGAGAACAAGGUCAUAAAUUGGGGAUUUUCUUUAUGAAGUACGGGUUAUCACCAAGAUUAUUGGAUGAAGGUAUCAACGACCAAAGCGAUGUCUUGGGGGUUGAAGUAUUUGGUACCAAGCUUAGAAAUCCUAUUGGAUUAGCUGCUGGAUUGGAUAAAGAUGGUGAAGCUAUCGAAAGUUUGUUCAAUUGUGGGUUCUCGUAUGUUGAAAUUGGUUCGAUUACUCCCGAACCACAACCUGGUAACCCAAAACCAAGAUUCUUUAGAUUACCAAGAGAUGAUGCUGUUAUCAACAGAUAUGGGUUCAAUUCCAGUGGUCACUUCAAUGUUCUUGCUACUUUAAAACUUAGAUUCAACAAGUUGUUUAAUGCUAAUGCCCCUUCCAAUGCUUUCAAGGAUGGCAAAUUGUUAGGUAUCAAUUUAGGUAAAAACAAGUUUGGUGAUGAAAUCUCAGACUAUACUAAAGGUGUUGAGAGAUUAGGUCCUUACGCUGAUGUAUUAGUUAUUAAUGUUUCCUCUCCAAACACACCGGGAUUAAGAGAUUUACAAAGUGAAGAAAAGCUUACAAACUUGUUAACCACCGUUGUUAAACAAAGGGAUACUUUAGGUACUAACUUGCUUGGUAAGAAACCACCAGUUUUAGUUAAAGUUGCUCCUGAUCUCACUGAACCAGAAAUUGAAUCAAUUGCAAAUUCUGCCAAGGAGGCAAGAGUCGAUGGAAUUAUUAUUUCCAACACUACCAUUCAAAGACCAGUGGAAAAGUUGUUAACCACUGACUCUCAAUUAAUAAACCAAACUGGUGGAUUAUCAGGUAAGCCUUUGAAACCAAUUGCAUUACAAGCAUUAAGAACUUUGAGAAAGUACACCAAAGAUUCAAACUUGGUAUUAGUUGGAUGUGGUGGUAUUUCUAGUGGUAAAGACGCAUUGGAAUUUGGUAAAGCCGGUGCUACUUUUAUUGAACUUUAUACUGCAUUUGCUUACAAAGGUCCAGGUUUAGUUGCAAAAAUUAGAGAUGAGUUAGCAGCCGAAUUAAGAAAAGAAGGUAAGACUUGGGAACAAAUUAUUGGUGAAGAAAAUAAGUGAGCGAAAUUAAACACACCGCGCGCACUAACGAAAACCAUAAACAUAAACAUAAACACAAUACAUAGUUCUUUCUCUGUUUAUUCUAUAUACAAUGUCAUCUAAUCCUGUUACACCACAAAACAGACGUCGUCUGCAUAGAUCGUCAACCGGACCUUCCACAUCCUCCCCAGCAAUUAUACCCAUUGAUGCCAAUAAUUUACCAUUUGAAUCACAAGCAAUGUUGGCUAAAUUCGCCAGAUUGGCCGAUGGAGUAGAAGAAUUAAAAUCACAUGUUACAAGUAUGGAAAAGGUUCAUCAAUCAGUUUCACAAGAAUUCAAUGAAGGUUUGGCAAGUUUAUUGUAUGGAUUAUCCAUGACCAUGUGGUGUGUUGGUUUUCUGGGUGGUCCAACCAAAGUCAACAUCGAAAAAUUUCAGCAAAGAAUAGAACGAGCUAAAAAGAUUGCUCAACUAAAAAAGAGAUUGGCCAAUUCCCAAAGGCUAAACUCAAACUUGAAGGCACAGCUACAGGAAGUUAAACAGAAACAGCCAGUGCCAAGAAACACCAGAGUUGUAUCAAAACCAAGACCUGCUCCUGUGAAACAAACUCGUAUUCAAAUAUUAGAUCGAAGCAAAGCUUCCGAAGUGCCUUCACUGAAUGAUAGCACCUUUAUAACUAAUCCUAGUCAAUCCAAAAGAACAACUACUACUCAACCAGUUAGAAGUCCUUCAUACAAGCGUCCAAAUCUUAACCAACCAUCAAGGUAUUUAGCAGGUUUAUUUGGCGGAACCUCAAACAGGGAACUGGUACGCAAGCAACCAAACAAACCUAGGUUUGCCAAGUAAUUGCCUAUAUAUUAUGCUAACUUCAUUGCCUUGGGCUGUCUAUUUAUUUGCUAAAUCUAAACUCUCAUGGACCUAUUUAGAUUUCUGUAACAAUAUACAAUACUUAUCAACCUUCAUUCACUAGCUUCAACUUGAGCUCAUGCUUAACUUGUUGCACGGAUUUGUUUUGUUGUGAUGCUAUAAUCAACAAAUAAUCCUUGUUCUCCAUUGAAUUUAUAAUAGUUUGACGUCGUAAUUGUUCUUGGUAGUUUAGUGGCAGUGUUAAAUCUUCAUAUUGGUUGUUGUUGCUGCUCAUUGUUGUAUUCCAUGGUUGUCUUACCCCAUAGAUAUUAGCCGUGUCCGCUUUUUCCGUUGU